AUGGUAUCUCUGGUACCUUUUAUUAAAAACAGUUCACAUCCGCUGAGUGAUUUUUUCCAGAAGCUGCAACUAUGCGGCGAUCAAUGUAAUAUUCGUAUCUUCGAUUACGAAUGCAUGGUCAAUGAAAACAAUUUCCGUGUAUUGGCAUUCGGCAAAUUUGCCGGCUAUUCCGGAAUGAUCAACAUCCUCCACGGCCUUGGCCAGCGUCUCUUGGCUUUGGGGCACACAACGCCCUUCAUGAACGUGGCUAUGCCACACAACUACUCUUCCCUGGAGCUAGCCCGUCAGGCCAUCAAGAUGGCGGGUUACGGAAUCGCCAUGAAUCAGAUGCCCAGCUCGAUCGGCCCUAUCAUCUUCGUCUUCACUGGUCAAGGCAAUGUGUCUCAGGGAGCACGGGCCAUCUUCCGUCUCCUACCGCACAAGUUUAUUCUGCCCUCCGAAAUGAAGGAGACUGCCAUGCAUGGAAGUAGGUCAUCUUUUGCACACAAUUCAUGUUUGCGUCUAUGUGCUUGUUUCUUGUUUGGGGCACAAGUUACCCAGCACGUCUGCGCCAGGCCAUCCACUGCGUCCAACACCACUUUAUCUAUUCAGUUUGAUCCAAGGAAGCCGAAUGACACAUUUGGAGACAAAGGUCGAUCCAUGUCGGACCUAACCCUUGUUUUCUUCAUUUAUGCUCCCUACAUGUCUGUCCUGGUCAACGGUAUCUUUUGGCGCGUGACUGAUCCCCGUCUCCUCUCGAUUGAGGACUGCAAGCGGCUAAUGGUUACCGGGAAACCGUGCCACCAACACGUCUCCUCUACUGGUAGGUUACUAGACAGCAAACAGUAA